AUGAGAACCCUCAAGAAUGAGGACUGUGGGUCCACGCGUCCCAAACGGAGAGACACACAGAUUCCAGCUCAGCCCCUGGCAGACCCGGACAGCGGCAUCAGCCUGACCACACCCAUCCCCUCACAUCCCUCCUCCCAUUGUCACUGCAGGGGACUCUGGGAAUCAGGACCUUGGUGUGAGGGGAGCAGACACCAGUCGGCAGAGGACGAGAGGCCAGACUCUACAGGCGUUCAGGCCUUUGUUUGGGCCUCUGGGGCGCGGUUCUCAGCUGGGGCCGCUCCCUCUCUCCCUCUCUCCCCAGGCCUGUGGGUCCCCAUCGCCCAGCCCCUGCCCACACUCCUGCCUGCUGCCCUGUCCAGAGUCAUCAUGCCCAGAGCUCGAAAGCAUCGGUGCUACACACUUAAGGAAGAACUUCAGUCUCAAAGUGAGACACAGGGCUUGUGGGUGGGUGCCCGUGUUUUCCCAGCUACAGGCUGCUCCUUCCCCAUUGGCACUGCCUCGACAUUUUUAAGCCAAUCUGAUGCGGGCUUCAGCAACCAAAGAAAGGAAAGUCCAAGCACUUUGCAGGCCCUGCCAGACACUGAGUACUUGUUCGAAAGUGAGACAGAUGAGAUGGUGGGUGAUUUGGUGGAGUUCCUGCUCCAUAAGUAUCGAAUCAAAGAGCCAGUGACAAAGGUAGAAAUGCUGAGUAGUGUCAUCAAAAAUUACAAGGACCACUUCCCUGUGAUCUUCAAGGAAGCCUCCGAGUGCAUGAGGCUGAUCUUUGGCCUUGAAAUUAAGGAAGUGGACCCUAUUAGCCACUCCUAUGUCCUUGUCACCUCCCUGGGCCUCUCCUACGAUGGCAUGCAGAGGGAUGAAAACAGCAAGCCCAAGACCGGCCUCUUGAUAAAUAUCCUAAGCCUUAUCUUCAUGGAGGGCUACUGUGCUCCUGAGGUCAUCUGGGAAGCACUGUGUGUUAAGGGGGCAUAUGUGGGGAGGGAGCACUGCAUCUAUGGGGAGCCCGGGAAGCUCCUCACCAAAGAAUGGGUGCAGGAAAAGUACUUGCAAUACCAGCAGGUGCUCGCAAGUGAUACUGCACGCUACCAGUUCCUGUGGGGUCCAAAGGCCUAUGCUGAAAUCAGCAAGAGGAAUUUCCUGAAGUUUUUGGUCAACAUCAGGGCAAAAGAUCCCAGAUCCUUUCCAGUGUUGUACAAGGAGACUUUAAGAGAUGAGGAAGAGAGAACCCAGGCCAGAAUUACCACUACAGAUGAUGCUACUGUCAUGGCCAGUGCAAGUUCCAGUGCCACGAGCAGCCUCUUCUACUGUGAGUAG